AUGGGCGCCAAACGAACACGCAGUCAAGCAAACCUCGACAAGGAAGAGAAUCCAGCCGCUAAGAAGGACCCUACACCGGAGAAGCUGUACAACGAUGCCGCCAGAAAGGAAGCAGACAAGGCAUUCUUCGCCGUAAUGAAGCAAUACGAUCCCGCUUCCGGCGUACUAUCCGACCGCUUCUACGCCAAAUUGGCAUCAUACAUCCCCGAAGCAAAGAAGGUAACGGAAGCCUAUAUUACUUGUGGCAUCGACCUCGUCUUAGCCCUCGGCGACCGCGAGGGCAGCAAGAAGGCCAGCGGGUACGAUAGUCCUGGGGAGAACUUCCAAAGAUUCGACGAGAAGUUCGUCGAGCUCAUAAACUACCGCCUCGACCUCGCUAAGCUGGCCGCGGUGGUGCCCGUGGCGGGGUACGUGGUCGAGCCGCCGCACGAGGAGGUCGGCGUGGCGGAACGCGCGAUGUGCGAAGGGUACAGGGAGCAGUGGAAGAAGAGGCGCCCGGAUAAGCAGCAGUACGCGCAGCUAGACCGGGCGCGGCGGGACGACUUGAGGGAUUUGGUUGAGACGAGGAGGGAUAGGAGGGAGAUGGCUGAGGAUUGGGCGGGGAAUACGUUGAAGGAUUUGUUGGGGGCCGCGGUGAGGAUUUAUCAGUAUGGGAUUGGGGAACAUUACUUUGCGAAGAGUAUUGCCUUGUUGGCGGAAGUCAAGAUGAUUGAGCGGCCUCCGCUUCCGAAGCCGCCUCGUGAGUUGUGGGAGUCAGAAUGGUAA